AAACACCCACACAACAACAGCACACAACCGCCAAGAUGUUGGUCACUAAAUCGCACGUGGAUGUCACUCACUCCCUCACGGGCAAACCCAUGCGCAUAUUCAUCAUCGAACCCGUGCUGCCCGAGUACCCUAACGCCAAAUUCCCUGGGAUUGUCGUCUUUUCAGAGAUCUACCAGGUCACGGGCCCGGUAGAGCGUUUUGCAGGUCAAAUCGCUAGCCAGGGCUACGUUGUCGCUUGCCCCAGCGUGUAUCACGACUUUGAAGGCCCAGAGGCGCUCCCGUACGACACUGAGGGCACGGACCGCGGGAAUAAGUACAAGAUCGAGAAGGAGAUCGCGAGCUACGACGAGGACAGGAAGCUGAGUGUGGACCUCCUCGUACAGCACAAGAGGUGCAAUGGUCGUAUCGGCGCUACUGGGAUGUGCCUCGGUGGGCACUUGGCUUUCCGAGCGGCCUUUGACGAGCGUGUGCUGGCAUCAGUCUGCUGGUUCGCGACGGACAUCCACUCCGCUACGCUUGGCAAGGGCAAGUCCGACGACUCGCUCAUCAAAGUGCGCAAGGGAGAGCUGAACGGCAAGGGCGAGCUGGUCAUGAUCUUCGGCAAGCAAGAUACGCAUGUGCCGAGGGAAGGGAGGGACCUGGUCAGGAAGACACUCGAGGAUGCAGACGUGACCGUUUCUUGGAUCGAAGUUCAAGCGCAACACGCCUUCGUCCGUGACGAGCAGUCUAAAGGCCGCUGGGACGCUGCGCUCACCCGCAACCUCUUCGGAGUGAUGAUGGAGGUCUUUGACCGUACCGUCGCGCGUGACCUUGGCAAGCGCGUAGGAGGCAAGAGCGAGAUAGAACAUGUCUGCUGAACGUCUGGUGUGGAGUGAGAAUCCUGGGAAGAAACUGUGAAAAUAUGAAUUGAAUUGUU